AUGAAAUCUACUUCUUUUUCAGCCCCAAAGAUUGGUCAAGCGAUGCUCAGGUUUCGAGUACUCGAACAAGAAGAAUUGGAGAAUAGAAAGGACGAUGUUUAUUCAACAAACUACCUUCCGAAGAGAUACUCGAAAAAUUCUGCCGAAUAUGGAAGGCCGAAACCCGGAACGCUCACCGAGAUGAGGGCUAAGAAAGCAUCGAAACACAUCGCUAAAGAAAUGUUGCAUUUGUGUCAAGUGAUACGGGAAUAUGGAUGUCUAUCAAAGGAUGGCCGGGUGACAAUUACAUUCGGCAAGCUGUUCACCGUGUAUGAAAACAUCUCCGAUAAAGUCGUUGGUAUGCUUCUAUGUGCUCGUAAGCAUCGAAUGGUGUGCUUUGAGGGCGAGAUGUUAUUUCAGAGGCGAGACGAUGAUGUGCUCAUAACUUUACUACUUUCCGACGAAGAAAUUCAACAUAGAAUAAAUGCCAUUAAGGAUUAA